AUGGCUCGUCUAGCCAUCGGGCUGAGGAACAACUCUUGCUUGUCUCCGUUGAAGCACCAGCAGCUUCGGCGGGUUCCUGCUUCAGCUAUAUUCCUCCGGGCUCCAGCAAGGCCUUAUUCGUCUGCUCACAGCCAGACCGCAUACCAAGAAGCCCAUACUCCCCCUCCCCCUCCUCCAACAUAUAGAAAACGGUCACUGUUCGGCCGCAUACUUGGUUUCUCAGUGAUAGCCAUCGGUUCUUUUACUCUCGGCAUAAUUACAAACCCGGACGUUUUCAAGAUGCACGCCUCCCUCUCCUCUAUACCGUCUGACCAGGAGACCAAUUCCCUCUAUACACCACCGGACGAGGUAUCCAAGGAAAUCAAUGACUUCAUCGACACACAUCCUCUCUCUGUCUCGCUACGAGCAGACCCUAAAUACAUUGAAUCUCGACCACACAUGAAAUACCCUGCUGAACUUCGCGCGCACAGCUUGACGGGUGGCACAUUGACCGGCCCGGGUCGUAUAGUCGUACCGCCAUUCGCAUGGAACACCGAGGACGGCUCAUCGUUCAUUUCGAUAUUUUAUCUUGGUUCUGACCUGUGUGGUCAUCCAGGUAUUGUUCACGGCGGAUUGUUGGCUACUUUGCUUGAUGAAGGGCUUGCGAGAACAUGUUUCCCUGCUUUGCCGAAUAAGGUUGGCGUUACGGCUAAUUUGAAUAUUGAUUACCGUAACCCUGCGCCGGCCGGAGCGUUCUUUGUCAUGAGAGCGAAGACCACCAAGGUUGAUGGCCGUAAGGCGUGGGUGGAAGGCUGGAUUGAGAGUCUACCUGACGAUGGAUCCGAGCCCGUCAAGUAUGUCGAAGCAAAGGCUUUGUUUAUUGAGCCGAAGAAUGCUGCGCUCAUUCCCCGUCUGUAUAAAGUCACUUAA